GCUGCUCUCUGAAAUGAACUUUAGAGGUAACCAGCAGCAGUCGGUGGACACUUAUGGUGGCAGAGGGGGUUAUGGAGGUAGUGGAGGGGGAGGUUAUGGGGAUUAUGGUGCUGCCGGUGGAGGUGGAUAUAUGAGUGGUUCACAGGGGUUUACAUCGUCGCCUGGUACGGGCCAGUCCCCCUCCGGUCAGAGAACAAGUGGGCGGAGUCACGAGUUGACCCCAGUGACCUCUGCUCAGAUCCAGGUUGCCGGGGAGGCGGGAGACAAGUUUAAGAUCAACGAAAGAGAAGUCAGCCAGGUGGUGAUAGUUGGCGAGAUAAUGGAGGUUUCUGAGGCCGCGUCGAACGUGACGUACAAGAUUGACGACAGGACAGGCCCUUGGAUUGACGUCAAGAGAUGGAUGGACGAGCAGGAUCUGUCCGACCAACACGAGAGGGCGUCCUGUCGAGAGGGCAUGUACGUAAAGGUCAUAGGUCACCUUAAGCAGUUCAACAAGCUUCGAAACAUUGUGGCAUUCAAGAUCAGACCAGUUGAGGACUAUAAUGAGGUCACACAUCACCUGGCUGAGGUCAUGUACUGCCAUCUGGCGUCUACUAAGAGCCCUCCACUGCCUCCCCAGUACCAGCAGUUGGCCGUGCAAAAGAAGCUGCAACAUUCCAUGGAUGCAGGGGGCGGAGGAAUGGGCGGGGCUUGGGGGUCGCCAAUGGCAACCAGUACACAGAACAGGGGAGCGGGGUACGGCGGUGGUCGACAGACUGAUAGUGGUUUGAACAGACUUCAACAGCAGGUGUUGAAUUCCAUAUCCAGCUGUAUUGACGAUGAUGGAGUCAACAUCAACAUCAUCAUCUCCAACGUUGGCUCACAUGGUCACCCUCCCAAGGGCAUCAGAGAGGCAGUAGAGUUCCUAUGCAACGAGGGACACAUCUAUUCCACCACUGACGACAAUCAUUUCAAAUCUACUGAUGCCUAAUAGCAACCCACCCACUCACAGGGACAUUACAUUAUACAUGAUGAUACAUAAUUAUUAUGGUAUAUACUAUACGCCGAGUUUCGUGACACGCAUGCGCAAAAGGCAAAAGACCGCAAUAGUUCACGCAUGCGCGAAGCGGUCGGUGAUGGAGUUCGACGACUCCCUGUUUCUCUCGCUCUCUGGAGACGAGGAGGUGUCUGACGCGGGGUCUGGGGACGAGAGAGGAGAGAGGGCAAGGCGGGAAGAGAGAAAGAAGACCGCUGAGCCGGUCUACGUCCCGAAGAACUGCCCUCAUGAGUGGUUCAGUGAGGUUCAUCUAGACGGUUUGAAGGAAGAGGCUCACGUGAUCCUCAAGUACAGGGCAGAUCUCUGUUACCGUCGGCAACUGCUAGACACAGCCACCUCCCUCUAUCUCAGAAUCAUCAAAGUCCUGCCACCCAGCAAUAGAGUUGUCCACAGAGAGGUCAAAGAUUCCCUCACCAGGUGUUAUCUGGGUCGCGGGGAGUUUCGCAAUGCCCUCGGCCGUGCCGAGGAACUCGUAGCUCCGCCCCACGGCAACGAUGCGUCGUCGUGGCAUCUCCUGGCUCUCUGCUACAAAGGUCUCGGCGAAGACAGAUUUGAAGGUGUAGUUACAGUGGAGCCUCAGUCUUAA